AGUAAAGUUUACAAAAAGUGUAAAGUAAACAAAAAUUAAGAGAACCUGUGGGAAGUCCCGAAACAACAGAAUAAGGCCUAUUGUGCCACAUAUUUUAAACAAUACAGUAUACAUUUGUCAGGCAAAAGUUAGGAAAAUGACAACCUACCUUAAUUUGAGACUAUAACUUCGACUUGAUUAUGAUCUUUUUGUGAUCGUAGUGAUUAAAUGCAAAACACAACAAUUCACAUAAAUACUACACACAAGUAACGCUAUUCGAUGCGGCGAAACUAGACUGGAACUGACAGACAGAUGACGUCAAAGUACCGCGAGACCGAGGCGAAAUUAAACUUCUACGUAUGAUUUCUCGCGGUGUUUUGACGUCAUCGUCAUUCGGCGCCGUGUGAAGUCGAACCAGAGUAGGGCCAGUGGUCACGUGGUGUUGAAGGCGUGUCUUCGCAAACAAACAUGGCCGCGCCCAGACAGAUCAUGUUGGAUUAAUGUCUUAGUGAACAACCGAGACAUUUGAAGUCAAAAAUACGUUAACGUAUUGUUUUCUUGACUUAAACCUAAAGGGACAAUGAAGACUUUUUGCGGUCGUGCUAAUCCAACAACCGGAGCGCUAGAGUGGGUCGAGGAAAGCGAGGAAUAUGAUUAUCACCAAGAGAUAGCGAGGUCCUGUUAUGGUGAUAUGCUUCAAGACAAAGACCGGAAUGAGAAAUACUACCAGGGUAUUCGAGCGGCAGUGAGCAGAGUAAAGGCGCGUGGGGAACGUGUGGUGGUUUUGGACAUCGGCACGGGCACUGGUCUGCUUUCCAUGAUGGCAGUGACGGCUGGAGCCGACUACUGUUAUGCAAUAGAGGUCUUCAAACCCAUGGCACAAGCUGCGUCUUCCAUUGUGCAGAGGAACGGCUUCUCGGACAAGAUCAAGAUCAUAAACAAACACUCCACUGAGGUUACAGUUGGUCCAGAUGGAGACAUGCAAGAGCGAGCAAACAUUCUUGUCACGGAGCUCUUUGACACUGAGCUGAUUGGUGAAGGAGCAUUGCCCAGUUAUGAGCAUGCACACACGCACCUGGUUCAGGCGGGUUGUGAGGCCGUGCCACAUCGUGCCACAAUAUAUGCCCAGCUGGUGGAGUCGGACAUGCUUUGGAAAUGGUCACAGAUUAGACCUAUACAGGUGGACGGGCACAAAUUGCUGCCCCCUCCUGCCGUAGUGAAGUGUGCAGGAGCGCCGUCGGUCUGUGACAUCCAGCUUAGCCAGGUGUCUCCACAAUCAUUCACCCACAUCGGGCCCAUCUGCACCAUGUUUAGCAUUGAUUUUAGCAAGCCAGUCAGCAGUGCUGCUGGGUCCUACACGGCAAAAUUCAAAGCCCAGGCCAGCGGAAAAGCACAGGUGGUUUUAACCUGGUGGGACAUCGACAUGGACCCUGAUGCCAAUAUUGUGUGCACGAUGGCUCCCAGUUGGACCUACUCAGCACCUCAGUCUUACGCUUGGAGGGACCACUGGAUGCAAAGUGUCUAUUUCCUUCCUGCCGAGAAGAACGUGGUAGAAGAUGAAGAACUCUGUUUAACAGUUUCCCAUGAUGACUACAGUCUCUGGUACAGCCUUACAAACAGUGAUAUCGAAGCGCCAUCUUUCCGGCCGUGCUGUACGUGUCAGGCCCACCUGGUUUGGACAAGGCCUCGCUUCGGAGAACUGAACGAUGAGAAGAGAACGGAGAGUUAUGUGAGCGCACUACGCAGUAUUGUGAAACCAGACAGUGUUUGUUUAUCAGUAAGUGAUGGGAGCCUGUUACCCAUCUUUGCACAUCUGCUUGGAGCUAGGAAGGUGUUUAGUUUGGAAAACUCCGGAAUGGCGAAACAAGUAAUCGAGCAGGUACUUCAAACGAAUUCGCUGAAGCAUGCAGUGCAAAUACUGGGAAUCCGACCUGAACAGCUCUCAUCAGAUGAUUUGGGGGGAAAUCUGAUAUCGGUGUUGAUAGCGGAGCCGUACUUCAGCACCAGCCUCCUGCCUUGGCAUUCUUUAUUUUUCUGGUAUUGCCGCACUGCUGUGGCGCAGCUGCUUCGUCCUAAUGCCACUAUACUGCCCUCUGCCGGCACACUUUAUAUAGUCGCUGUACAAUUCCAGGAUCUGUGGAGAAUUCGAGUUCCCUGUGGUACCUGUGAAGGUUUUGAUGUCAGUCCUAUGGAUGAGAUGAUUCAGCGAUCUUUGGAUUUCCGUGAAUCUUGGGAGGCAGAGCCACAUCCACUGUGGGAAUACCCUUGUCGUGCCCUUUCCAAGCCACGGCCGGUCAUGACAUUUGACUUCACACGAUGCGUUCCAGAGCAGCCAAUCAACAGUCAAGGAACUGUGCCGCUCACAGGGAGAGGAUGUUGUCACGGUGUCGUUCUCUGGAUGGAGUAUCAGCUGACUGAGGAUAUCACUGUGAGCAUGGGCCUGACCAAACCAGUCGAUGAAGAGGGGUCUUGUGAAUGGAACCCACAUCGAAAACAAGGAGUUUUCUUCUUUAGAUCUGCACCUGAAAUAGCUGGGGAUGGAAGAGAAGAUCUUUCAUACAGUUUAACCUUUGAACCUCAUACGGGUGAUAUUAAAAUGGACUUCUCUGUCACCAAGCCUUGACCUAUGGACAGGACUCCAGUGAACUGUCAUCAGUUGUUUAUUUUGUUUUUAGGAUUAUCCAAAGAAUUUCAAUGACUGUGAUGUUACAAGAGCUUAUAGCUGCUUUUAUCCUCUGUGUACUACAUAUAUAUACAGUUACACAACUUUAAAGGGAUAGUUCACUCAAAAAUGAAUAUUUUGUAAUUUACUCACUUUCAUGUUGUUACAAACCUGUAUUGAUUUCUUUAUUCUCAUGAACACGAAGGAAGAUAUUUUGAGGAAUGUUUGUACAAAAACCAAUCAGAGGCCCCAUUGACUUCUAUAUAAUAGUAUACUUUUUCUUUCUACGGAGGUCAAUGGUGCCUCUGAUCGGAUUGGUUAUAUCUUCCUUCGGUUCAUCAGAACAAAGAAAUCAAUACAGGUUUGUAACAACAUGAGGGUGAGUAAAUGAUAACAGAAUUUUAAUUUUUUUGGUGAGCUAUCUCUUUAACUCUACAGUUUUCAAUGUGACAUAGCAUUUACAUUCAUCAGAUUUAGGUUAUUUAUGUGUUGGGUUAUUUUUAACCCACCAUUGGGUCAAAAAGGAACGAAUCCAACCUGUUGGGUUGUAAUUUUACCUAUGCUUGGUUGUUUUAACCCAUUGUUGGGUCAAAUAUAAACUAUUUCUGGGCUAAUUUAACCCAAUAAGUGAGUUUGUCUCUUUUUGACCCAAUUAUUUUAGUGUACUGUGUAUUUAAAUUCAUAUGAAAGCAGAUAAAAUGUCGCUAGUUUCAUCAUAGUGUGUUGU